CUCGAACUUGACCCAUUGAUAGGCCUAGAGAGAGGACUUCUCAAUCAUGACCCGUACCACCUAAAAUGAAUCAAAUUUUGUGUCGCAGCUGAGUGCCGGCCCAUAGCUUGCUUAGGCUGUUCAAUUGCACAGCCCCCCGAUUGAAGUUGGAGUACUCUUCAAGUUCCAGAGUCAAAGACGAAGAUUGAAGAGCUCCGACCUUGAGAUCAAGACACAGAGCAAUCGGUAAAGCCAAGCGUUUGUGGCCAUCGAGAUUUAUAUCGCAGGGCCCAAUAUAUAAUUGGGCCAGCCCUAAUGGAGGGAGUAGAGGAGGAGCAUCAGCUGCAGCAGAUCUCAACAAAAGAUAAUGAUGGUGUCAAUGAGAUUAUCACCGAAGGAACAUCAACUGUUCAUGGAGAGCUUCCCCAAGGUGAGGGUCCUCCAAUUGUUGAUUCAGAAGUGGAAGUCCUUCAUGAGAAAGUAACAAAGCAAAUCAUCAAGGAAGGCCAUGGCCAGAAGCCAUCCAAAUAUGCAACAUGCUUUUUGCAUUAUAGGGCAUGGACAAAAAGCACCAAGCACAAGUUCGAAGAUACAUGGCUUGAACAACAGCCCCUUGAGCUGGUAAUAGGAAAAGAGAAAAAAGAAAUGACUGGGCUGGCUAUUGGUAUUUCGGGCAUGAGAUCUGGUGAACGCGCACUGCUACAUGUUGGAUGGGAACUAGCAUAUGGAAAAGAUGGAAGCUUCUCUUUUCCAAAUGUUCCACCUGAGGCCAGUGUUAUGUAUGAAGUUGAAUUAAUUGGUUUUGAUGAAACUAAAGAAGGCAAAGCACGUAGUGACAUGACAGUAGAGGAGCGGAUUGGUGCUGCUGAUAGGAGAAAGAUGGAUGGAAAUGUUUUUUUCAAAGAAGAAAAACUCGAGGAGGCAAUGCAACAGUAUGAAAUGGCCAUAGCAUAUUUGGGAGAUGACUUUAUGUUUCAAUUGUUUGGCAAAUACCGGGAUAUGGCUUUAGCGGUAAAGAAUCCUUGCCACCUUAACAUGGCACAGUGCAUGUUAAAGCUCAACCGCUAUGAUGAAGCGAUAAACCAAUGCAGCAUUGUGUUGGUGGAAGAUGAAAACAAUGUUAAAGCAUUGUUCAGACGAGGGAAGGCUAGAGCAGCACUUGGACAGACAGAUGCAGCCCGAGAAGACUUCCUUAAAGCACGCAAGUUUGACCUGCAAGACAAGGCUAUUGUACGCCAGUUGGACCUGCUCGACAAACAUGACAAGGCGGUCUACCAAAAACAAAAGGAACUCUACAAAGGGUUAUUUGGAAAAAGACCCGAACCCAAACCCGAGAAGAAGAAUUUCCUUGUUGCAAUUUGGCAUUGGUUGCUGUCUCUGUUUUAUCACCUCUUCAGGCACAAAACUGAUAAAACCAACUGAGCUGUGAAUCUUUCCUUUCACCAAGAUCUACAUUACGUCGUCAUUACAUCUGUCAAUGAAGACAAAUAUAGUUUGGACUGUGGAAAGAUAUCCUCCUUGCUUCUUCUCCCUUACAAUAGUCACCCUUAUAUUGGUUGUGUACUCUUUGAUUGUUAAUCUUCACAAGUGUCAAACAAUGUAAUCCGAAAUCAGCCAUUUUGGUGUCGAAAUGGCAAGUGAACUUAAUCAAGCAUUCCUCUGAUA